AUGCAAUUCACGGCGGCGCUGUACUCACUCCUGCACCUCAACGGUUUCCCCGGGGACACCGACUUCUACCGCAGGGAGUGCGCCGGCGCGGCGCGCGUCCUUGAGCUCGGCGCUGGCGAUGGCCGCAUCGGCGCGGCGCUCCUCGCCUCGCCCGAGAGCCAGCCACACUACACCGGCGUGGAGCUCGACGACGAGCUCGCUGCUGCCGCGCGCGAGCGGCUGAGCGAGCACGCCGGCGCUCGCGUCCUGACGUGCGACAUGCUCUCUCCCGGUGCUGCGGGAGGGGGAGGGGGCGGCGGGGAGGGCUCCGGCGGCGGGGAGGCCUUCGAUGCGGCACGCGGAGCUGCUCGAGCGAUGCGCCGGGGCGCUGCGGCCGGGCGAGCUGCGCCUGGCGCCCCCGCCUGCGUUGGUGGCGGGCUGUGCAUUCACACCGCGCCGCUGAGGGCAGGCGGCGCGCUGCUUUUCGACGUCUACAACGCGCGCGACUGGCGCAAAGACGCGCUUGCGGGCCGCGAGUGGACGGUGUACGAGCGGGACGCGGAGGUGAACGAGCACCACUACGCGCUGCCCGAGCAGCUGAGCGCGCUGCUGGCUGCCGCCGGCUUCGAGGUGGAGCGGCUCUGCGGCGGCUUCGAGGGCGAGGCGUUCGACGAGGAGGAGAGCGAGCACAUGGUCUACCGCGCGAGACUCGUGAGGUGA